AUGAAGCCGAACGAGUCGAAUUUCGAUGGCUACGGAAAUGCAUACCCAGCCCAGCACCUCCCACCUUCAAGCUUCACCUACGGAGGUAUAAAAUACAACUUCCCGACCUACAACGCAUCUGACCCCGACAAUGUCCUCGCGCAAGGACAGAAGGUCCCCGUCCGCAAGUCCAAAUACCUCAGCGUGCACAUGCUUGCAGCCUCCGAGUCUGGCAUGGCCUCCGGAAUCAUCAACGCAACCUACGCGGACGGCAGCACCGCCUCUGUCCCGGUGCUCGUACCCGCCUGGUGGAGCUGGCCGUAUCCCGCUGGCGGAGAUCUGAUCUUUCCGUAUUAUCUGGGAAAUGAAUCGAUUGACUACAACCGGUCGAAUAUUUUCCAGAUGGUCAAUUGGUUGGAUUCGUCGAAGGAGUUGGUCGCGCUGACACUGCCUAAUGUAACCGGUGGGUCGGCGACUGAGCCCGGUGGUGAGGAUAUUGGGACGCGAUUGCAUAUUUUCGCUCUGUCUUUGUUGUCUUCGCCGGAGGAGGGGGAUAGCGAUGAUCCCAGGUUAGAGGUACAGUAUGCGCGAUCGACUAGGAAGUGGAUAGAAGGAACCGAUCAGGUUCAGGUCGUUGAGGUGUUGCUUAACAAUGUGGGACGUCACUUCCUGCUGAGAAACCAUUCAGUGAGUUUGCAGAUUGACUCGCCCGGCGUUGAGACUAUCUCACCAGCACGGAUUAAACGCCUCGUGCCUGGAGAUCAAGCAAUCGUGGAGAUCGGCGUGAAGAAUAAACAAGGUGUUGAAUCAGGAAGCCAAGGAUCAGCUAGUGUUGCGAUCUCGGGACACGGAGUGCAUGCUAGGAAGUAUACGUUCAACGCAACAUAUGGCAUUCCGGCCUACGAAGCAACGUACGAAUCUAUCUACGCACACGAGUCACCAAGCUGGUACAAUAAUGCCAAAUAUGGGAUCUUCAUUCAUUGGGGACCAUACUCCGUGCCUGGGUGGGGGAACUCGGGAGAGAAUGAGAACUAUGCUGAAUGGUACUGGUGGAAUCUCAACGAGGGUCCAAACACGUCUGUUGCGACCUACGAGCACCACUUAGACACGUACGGGCCUAAUCUCGUGUACGACGACUUCAUUCAGAAUUUCACCGCCGAGGCAUGGGACCCAAAGGAAUGGGUAGAUCUAUUUGCAGAUGCAGGGGCAAAUUACUUUGUGCAAGUGAGCAAGCACCACGAUGGAUACACCCUUUUCGAUCUACCAGCCAAUGUCACGGAACGCACUUCGGUGCUUAUGCCGCCGCAUCGAGACCUGAUCAAAGAGCUUUUCGACGCCGCAUCAACACACCAACCUCACCUCCAUCGCGCAGUAUACUACUCUUUACCAGAAUGGUUCCACCCCGAUUAUCAGAAAUACGGCUUCGGAUCCUGGCCAGGAGGCAACGCCACAAACCCCUUCACGAAUACCUCCCUCCCCUACACCGGCUACGUCCCUCUAAACGACUAUAUUGCCAACAAGAUCCUCCCAGAGAUGCAAAUCCUUGCGAACCUGGGCACCGAAAUCAUGUGGUGCGACAUCGGCGGCCCAAACCGCACCACCGAGUUCGCAGCACAGUGGUUCAACGCUGCGGCGCAAGACAACAAACAAGUCGUCAUGAACGCGCGCUGCGGACUCCCAGGGGACUUCGACACACCUGAAUACGCGCGCUACGAGGCCGUGCAGGUCCGCAAGUGGGAGAGUUCCCUGGGCAUGGACCCCUAUAGCUACGGGUAUAACCGCGCGACGCCGCUGGCGCGGUAUAUGAAUGCCAGCGCGAUCGUGACGAGCUUGGUGGAUAUUGUGAGUAAGAAUGGGAACUUUUUGCUGGACAUCGGGCCGAUGGCGGAUGGGAGGAUUUUGGAUGUUGAGGCGAGGAAUUUGAGGGAGGCAGGGGAGUGGAUUCAGGACCAUGGAGAGGCGGUGUUUAAUACGACUUACUGGUUUGUGAGUCCUGAGGAAGGGGAGGUGAGGUUUACGACGACGUUGGAUGCGUUUUAUAUCGUUUCGUUGACAAGACCGGAGGGAAAGUUGGCGUUGAGCUAUCCGGUACCUUGGGUUGAGGGGGAUCGUGUCACGGUAGUCGGUGGAGGAAUGCAUGGAAGAGUGGUUCCUAGUAGGAAGAUGGAUGGUGGCAGCUUGGUCUUGCAGGUUAGCGAGGAGAUUGCGGAGGCAGAUCACUAUGCAUGGGUGUUUAAGAUCGAGUACUGA